GAUGGCUCUUCUUGGUUGGUGAAAGAGAUUGUAUAGGAUUGAUUGUAGAAUGAGUAGAUUGGUCUUUGAAACAAGUUGUCAAGUACAACUCGGUAAACUAGAGAAGAACUGGUCUUACAGAGGGUCCGCUAUCGGCUGUUUUAUAUGCCCACACGUGCCUUGUUUUCGUAAACUAUUAUUAGCAAGUGUUUUGCCAGGGGACUCGAUAGUUGGAGGCGUGUUUGUGGGAGGAUUUCUAAACUUUUUUAGUCUCUACAGCAAUCUGUUGAUCGUGCGCGUUCUACUGAGUUGGUUUCCUGCGGCUCAAAAUCAACCCAUUCUUAGACCACUUUUUACGUUGUGUGAUCCCUAUUUAAACUUAUUUCGGUCUGUCGUACCUCCAGUUUUUGGAAUUGACUUUUCUCCUAUAUUGGCGUUUACAGCUUUGCAAUUUUUUUCAACGGCAACCAUUGCUUUGGGAGCUGAAGAUAGAGUCAAGUCAACUUGUAAAUCAAAGAGUACCAAAAAAGGUCGUUUUUUAUAACAAAAGGUAGAGUUCAGAGAUAUAUAAAC